ACUUGCAUAACCGAUCUUCAAAGCGUUUGGUCGAAACGAUAUUGUAACAAAAUGGCACUGCAGAUGUUCAGGCGUAGUGUCUCUGUCAUUCGCCAUUCUGUGCGGGCGUUAUCACGGUUAACAAUAACCCCACCAACUCAACCUGUUGCACUGGAUAAAUUUUCAUUGUUAAAAUGUGGUUCCUGCCGUAACUUCCAUGUAUCUGUUAAAAGGCCAGAUCUGAUGGAAUUUUUUGAUUCAAAAGAUAAUUGGGGAGAAGAAAAUAUAAAAACAGGUCGACCCUGGAAGAUGGAAGAAUUAAGAAUAAAAAGUAACUCCGAUCUACAUAAAUUAUGGUAUGUGCUGUUGAAGGAGAGAAACAUGUUGCUGACCAUGAGACACGAGUACAGACAGGAGUGUAUACUGUUCCCUAACCCAGAGCGAAUAGACAAGGUGGAAGAAAGCAUGGAAAACCUGAUGAAUAUUAUCAAAGAGCGAGAUAAUGCACAUAGCUUACUGGAAACAGGGAAGUCAGUGGAACGAGAGAAGGUGGAAGCUCUUGACAGUUUCGGAAGGCCAUACAUGAAGAGGCAAACAGAACAUGCGUUGCCCCAAAGGAACAUCGCUGGAAAAAGGAUGUUUUUAUUGACACGGGAUCCAUGGAUGAGAAAAAGUCAACGUCUUCUUCGUGAAAAAUACCUGAAAACUAGACACCGUGAAAGGAAGCGUGAGUUAAGAUAUAUUAGAAGAACUAGAGAAAGAUUCCCCGAUGCUACAGAGGAGGACAUUGAACAUGGCUUGGAGCGUGAAUCCGCUAGGCAAAAACAAGGAUUUUAUGAUGUGUGACCAUAUUAGCUGUACAUUUUUCUUUUUGCAAGAUUAAGUUCCAAACGACUUAUUUGUGAGAAAAAUCACCAUCGUAGGUGGAAACAUGUCUAUUGAAUAAAUGAGUGUGAAUGAG